GCCGCAGAAAAGCACGUCUCAGACUAUAGCCGGACGUUGAUCGCUCAACAAGAGCAGCAGCUCCCGCUAUAAAACAGUCCACACCGAAGACGAAAAGUCUCAACGAAUUUAUCGUCCCGUCUACUCACCGCUGACGACUUCUCAACGCCCUAUCAACUCUCCUUCGAGUGCUGCUCUUCUCUCUUGCUGCUCAAAUCAACUUAUCAAAUCACAAAGAAAAUGAGAGAAAUCGUUCAUCUUCAAGCUGGCCAGUGCGGAAACCAAAUUGGAGCGAAGUUCUGGGAGGUUAUUUCCGAGGAGCAUGGCAUCGACCCAACGGGCAUUUAUCACGGGGACAGUGACCUGCAACUCGAACGAAUUUCCGUCUACUACAACGAGGCUUCCGUGGCAACAUCAACGAACGGUGGUAAAUAUGUGCCUCGAGCGAUCCUUCUCGACCUUGAGCCAGGCACGAUGGACGCGGUGCGUUCCGGCGUCUACGGCAAGCUGUUCCGGCCGGACAAUUUUGUUUUCGGGCAAUCGGGAGCCGGAAACAACUGGGCGAAGGGGCACUACACCGAAGGGGCCGAGCUGGUGGAUUCGGUGCUGGAUGUCGUGAGGAAAGAGUGCGAGAAUUGUGACUGUCUUCAGGGCUUCCAGCUGACCCAUUCGUUGGGCGGAGGAACGGGCUCGGGCAUGGGGACUCUGUUGAUAUCGAAAAUACGCGAGGAAUAUCCGGACAGAAUAAUGAACACUUAUUCGGUGAUGCCGUCGCCGAAAGUUUCGGACACGGUCGUCGAGCCGUACAACGCGACGUUGUCGGUCCACCAGUUGGUCGAGAAUACGGACGAAACUUACUGCAUCGACAACGAGGCGCUCUACGACAUUUGUUUCCGUACCCUCAAGGUUUCGAACCCAUCGUACGGGGACCUUAAUCACCUGGUGUCGUUGACCAUGUCCGGGGUGACGACUUGUCUCAGAUUCCCGGGUCAACUGAACGCCGAUUUGCGAAAACUCGCGGUGAACAUGGUCCCGUUUCCGCGUCUCCAUUUCUUCAUGCCCGGUUUCGCACCGCUGACAUCGCGCUCGAUGCAGCAGUAUUCAGCCCUCUCCGUGCCGGAGCUCACCCAACAAAUGUUCGACGCGAAAAACAUGAUGGCGGCUUGCGACCCCCGCCACGGUCGGUACCUGACCGUAGCCGCUGUUUUUCGGGGCCGCAUGUCCAUGAAAGAAGUCGACGAACAGAUGCUCAGUGUGCAGAACAAAAAUAGCUCGUACUUCGUCGAAUGGAUUCCCAACAACGUGAAAACCGCGGUGUGCGAUAUUCCCCCGAAGGGACUGAAAAUGUCGUCGACUUUCAUCGGCAACACCACCGCCAUUCAGGAACUAUUCAAACGCAUUUCCGAACAGUUCACUGCCAUGUUCAGGCGAAAAGCUUUCCUCCAUUGGUACACCGGCGAGGGCAUGGACGAAAUGGAAUUCACCGAAGCCGAAUCCAACAUGAACGACCUCGUCUCCGAGUAUCAACAGUACCAAGAAGCUACCGCCGAAGAAGACUUUGAGGCUGAGGAAGGAGCCGACGACUUUGAAACGUGCGAACAGGAGUGACCGGCUUUUCAAAAUCAUCCGGGAUCUACAGAUCUGGGGAAUUCGGCGAGAGUGGCAGCUUCCGGUCCGCUCAACAGGGACGUUUUUUCGGACUCACUAAAACUACGGAUAAAACAGUAGCCUCAAAACUUUUUUCCAUCAAAUCUCAACGACUUAAAAACGAUUUUUCAAACCGCCGAAAAACCAUAGAAGAGUCCGAUUCCCCCGACGCCAUUGACCAUCUGUACGAGUCACUUUAUCCGAUAAACAUGAGACUGAAGUUUGAAAAAAAAAAUUUUAACCUGGAGGCCUUACGGACUCUGAGGAACCCAAAAAUGCGCACCAUUAAGUCUGAACGCGUGUCACAUUCGUUGUAAUCACUCUGCGAAAUUUCUCAAUAAUUUUCGGACCACAAGAGCUGACCUGAAAAGCUCAACUUAUCAAUAAAGAUCGACGACGGUCAAGUUAACGAAGCGAAGCGACACUUUUAUUGGCAUUUUAUUGAUGCUUCCGGCUCUUCGAGUGCUUUUUCAUUUAUUUUCUCUCAUUUUGUAUUGUUUUUUUCAACGGGAAAAUCAUUUUGGCGGAGGGACGAUAACGUCAUUUAAUUUAUGAAUUUUCUACCGUGCUGUAUUAUUAUUUGUGAAAUUAUUAUUAUUGUUUGUGUACCCGAAAAGAAAAAACAUGUGAUAAAUACUGUGAAA